AUGUCUGAUCCCGUGACACCGAUCGUCGACUUGAAAUGUCAAAGCAACGUCAAAGCAAUCAAGUCGUUACUAACGAUUGUUAUUCUAACAUCAGUGUGCAUUCUCGGAUUCAGUUCCAGGCUUUUUGCUGUGAUCCGCUUUGAAUCGAUCAUCCACGAGUUCGAUCCCUGGUUCAACUUCCGUGCGACAAAGCGUUUGACAGAACACGGAUUCUACGAGUUUUUAAAUUGGUUCGACGAAAGAGCAUGGUAUCCGCUUGGCCGCAUUGUCGGCGGCACUGUUUAUCCUGGCCUCAUGUUGACAGCAGGGAUCAUCCAUUCGAUCUCCAAUUUUCUCGGCUUUUCUGUACUUAUAAAGGAUGUUUGCGUCUUUACCGCUCCCCUGUUUUCUGGGCUAACAGCUCUUUCAACCUAUCUUUUGACUAAGGAGCUCUGGUCCGAUGGAGCAGGCUUAUUUGCUGCUGCUUUUAUCUCUAUUGCACCAGGAUACAUCUCAAGAUCAGUGGCUGGCUCUUACGACAAUGAAGGAAUCGCUAUUUUCGCUCUCCAGUUUACCUAUUUCUUGUGGAUCAAGGCGAUGAAAAGUGGUUCUAUAAUGUGGGCUACUUUCUGCGCUUUGUCGUAUUUCUACAUGGUAUCUGCUUGGGGUGGAUACGUGUACAUAAUCAACAUCAUCCCACUCCACGUGUUCGUCCUGAUCCUCAUCGGUCGCUUUUCACUUCGACAUUACACAGCGUACACGACAUUUUACACGAUCGGGCAACUGUGUGCAAUGAACAUUCCCUUUGUUGGAUUCCAGCCGAUUCGCACAAGUGAGCACAUGGCUUCUUUCGGGGUUUUCGGCUUCGUACAAGUCAUCGCUUUUUUCGGUUUCCUGAAACAUCGCCUAGGCGAGCAAAAAAUGAAGCGGCUUUUUUGGAUAUUCAGUCUUCUCGUAUUCGCUCUUGGUCUCGCCGCUAUCAUCUUCUUGACGGCCUCGGGGAUCGUCGCCCCCUGGAGUGGUCGUUUUUACUCGCUUUGGGACACUGGUUACGCUCGCAUUCAUAUUCCUAUCAUUUCUUCCGUGUCCGAACAUCAGCCCACAACUUGGACUUCCUUCUUCUUUGACUUACACAUUCUUGUCGCCGUUUUCCCCGCUGGACUGUGGCUCUGUGUCCAGCAAUACGACGACUCCCGCGUCUUCCUCAUCAUUUACGGCGUGUUUUCUGCCUAUUUCGCUGGCGUCAUGGUCCGCCUCAUGCUCACCCUUACUCCUAUCGUCUGUAUUCUUUCCGCGAUCGUGUUUAGCGAGUUGUUCAACCGUUUCAUUUCCUCGAAGCCGCCUCCUGCCGAGAGUGAAGAGGAUGAAUCCGCACCAGCUCCAACCGAAGAAGAAAUCGCUGUGGCCAAUCAACUGCGUUCGAUUAUUUGCAUUCUGCUCGUGAUGAUUUUGUUCAUGUUCGGCACUCACUGCACCUGGGUCACCUCCAACGCCUACUCCUCACCUUCCGUCGUUCUUUCCACCCACAACCGCGAUGGAACACGAAACAUUCUUGACGACUUUCGCGAAGCAUACUACUGGCUCCGAACGAACACCCCCGACGAGUCCCGAGUCAUGUCCUGGUGGGACUACGGCUAUCAAAUCGCCGGUAUGGCCGAUCGAUCUACCCUCGUUGAUAACAAUACUUGGAACAACACGCACAUCGCCAUGGUGGGCAAAGCAAUGGCUAGUGAUGAAGAUAAAGCUUAUGAAAUAAUGCAGGAGCUCAAUGUUGACUACGUUCUCGUCAUCUUCGGUGGUGUCAUCGGCUACUCGGGCGAUGACAUCAACAAGUUCCUCUGGAUGGUCAGAAUCGCUGAAGGAGAGCAUCCAGAUGAAAUCAAGGAGUCCAACUAUUUCACUCCACAGGGAGAAUACAAAGUCGAUGCGAGCGCGCCAAAAACAUUCACAGACAGUGUCAUGUACAAAACAAGCUUCUACAGGUUUGGGGAAUUCGAUCAUGGAGAUAUGAAUGGACCGCAGGGUUUUGACCGGACUAGGAAUACGGAAAUCGGCGUCAAGAAUAUAAAAUUGAAGCACUUAGAGGAAGCCUACACAACCGAAAACUGGUUGGUCAGGAUCUACAAAGUGAAACCAAGAAGCAAUAGUGACGCUGCUCUCAAACUCAAAAAGUCAAAGGAGAAAAAGGCCAAAAGCCGCAAAACUUCGACAGAUAGCCGCGGCUACCUGCGGAGCCGCAUCUCGUCACGUGCCGGUGCCAACACGCGUCAAAAACCUUCCUGGACGCUCUAG